CUCCGAUCGAACUCCCAUGUGUAGGUCAGGGGAAGUGCACCCAAUUACAAUAUUUCUAAUCCAAUCACUGGGUUUCUACAUUUCUACAUUCGCCUACAUUUCUACCAUCGCAGUGGAGUGACUCGUCCCAAACAUCGGCAGGCUGUUCUCAUUUAUCAGAGUCUCAAAUAUUUAAUCCAACCAAAGAAACUUCCGAAAGGGCUAGGACACAAGCAGGACCUCCAAGCAAAAUGUCGUUACGUACAUGUGCAUGUGGUUGUAGUUGUGGAUGCGGAUGCGUUCGUAAGCCCAAAUCCGAUGAGCCGCCAAAGGCGCAGACUUCGUCCCAUAGUAUAUCCUCCAAAAAAGAGGGCGAGCCGGCGGAUAACUCAAAGGCACAUGAUGAAGCGAAGUCUCACAAAACAAAGCCAAAGGAGGAGCAUGGCUCGAACCAUCAUCACUUUCACAUUCCAUUUUUGCACUCAGACUCACAUUCAAAGAUCGCAUCCGAUGAGGAAAAGGAGGGAGAAAUGGUCGGACGACAGCUGACUCCCUACGAGUGCCAGCUGGAGGACGAUGUCCAGCAGUUGCAGGAGGCCCUCUUCACCCUGACGUCGCACUAUGCCAAGGUGCAGUUCCGCUUGCGCCAAAUAGCCGCCGCCUCGGACUGCGAGAGGAUCACUCUCCUCAAGGAGCUGGAGCGCAUGACAUGCGAGCCACUGGACGGAUCUGGUCGCGACCAGGAGGACAAGCUGCACACGCUCCAGUCGGACGCCACGACCCUGGGCAGUGUGCGCCUCAAGCAGCACAAGAUCAUCACGCAGCUGCGGGGACGACUCCAGAACCUUGCCGAUGCGGCCGCCGACUACUUCGUGAUGGACAGAGAUGGUCAGAAACGUGACUCCAAGGGAGACGGUGCGGAAUCACACGAUUUCGACGAACAGGGAUAUGAAGGACUACAGGGAAAAUCGUCAAAAGCGACGUUUCUCUCAGAGGCAUGGUCAGACACCAUCUACGAGGACACCGAGAAUGAUGUCAACAACUCUUCGCGUUCCAAGUCCAAUUCAAAGAACCGCAAGGGGAAAGGCAAGAAGAAAGACAAAAGGACAGACAAGAAGUCAGACAAGAAGACAGACAAGAAGACAGACAAGAAGGAGAAGAACACGGCGACAAAUGGCGGGGCCGGUGACAGACAUUCUAGGCGCGACUGUAGCAAAGAUUGCCCAGCGUACCGAGCGCGCAGAAACAGUGGAUCAGUCAGCGGAAGUGUACCCAAUACAUCCAGUAAGAUCCUCGGCAAGAUGUCCAGCAAGGAUCUGUCGCCAAGUCGCGGUAGACUUUACGCCGUUUUGCGUGAAACACAGUCCCUGCCGCACUACCAACGGCGCACGGGUGAAGAGACAGCCCUGAAGAAGGUACGAUCAACCGCCAAGAACCAUUUAGAAGCGGUCCAGAAAGGGAGCCGCUGCAAGCCGGACAUCCGCAUAAAUCGAAAGCCAAAGGCGAAUGCCUCUCCGUCUGAGAAUCUGGCCAAGGGCUGGCCGCUCAGUUGGAAGUACCUGAGACUGGACGAACCCCCAUGUAGCGGUAGCUCGGCGAAUAUUCAGGGUUCUAGCAUGCAGAGCCUUAACAAGCUGCGUCCAGGGAAGCAAGGGGGCGCCGAUAUGUGGAGCGAUGUCAGGGAGGAAACAAGGAAACAUCCGCACAAGAAAUGCUGAAUCAGAAAUAUCAGACCACAGAUUGAAAUUAUAAUAAUAGUUUGGCCUUGAGAACUUUAACACCGUAGGGCUAAAAGGAAGUCACUCUAAAAGUGCUUUGGGCCAAAUUAAGAUUAUAAUUUUGCCAAUCCUUCUGGGUUUAACAGAGAAUAUAUAUUUUUUAACGAAUGUAAAGCAAAUAAACAGUGAGUGAUGUUGCGUUCUUCACUUUCAAAUCCA